AGCUCGAGCCCUGUUUGCGUGGCGACCGGGGUCAGCUGCUGGCCUGGCGAUGCAUGAGCUGAUGCAGCGCGCCUGGACGCGCCAAGGUCGUGCACCGUGUGAUGGCAUCCGGACGGCGAGGGGGCUGUCACAGACGCCGAGGAAGCUUCGAUUGAAGAAAAGCAGCGGUCGUCUUGCGGUUGUAGAAAGGGCGCACGCAGAAACCUGGCUCACAUGCGAUUGCAAGUGGCACCUUUUGGGAGGAGGAGGAGGAGGAGGAGGAGGAGGAGGAGGAGGAUGGGAGCGCGACCGCAGAUCUCCACGAUGCUCGGCGUCAACUGCAAUGCGGAGCAAAAGGUUGCCAGGCAAAGCACAUCACAAAGCCGAUCUGCAAGAUGCAAACUUGUGCAGCGAGGCGUGGCCUGAGAGGGGGCGGAACGCGCUGCAUGCCAAAUUCUCAGAGACCGAUAUGGCCUAUGAUAUCAAAGACGCGGAACGAGGUUGGCAGUAAGUAGGCUGCGUACCAGACAUAGACCGUCACGAGAGCUCAGGAGGCCCCCUGGAGGCCUCCCGAGUUCUCCAAGAGGCCUAAAAAGAGGCGCCAAGAGGCCCCAGACGGCCCCACCGAGGCUCCAAGAGGCCACGAACGCGCAAGCAAACGCCUGCGAUGGCACAAUACGGGCCGGCGGAAUGAGCGAAGCGAUUAAUAUACAGAAAUGAAUCAGCAAACCGGGUGGGAAACUAUUGUCAAUGCCUCAGCGUGCGUGCGUGCAUCUAUGAAGACUCGCUCUGUUCGUCAGACGAAGACUCAGCAUUCUCAUCAUCGUCCUCUGCCGCUUCCGUUUCGAACUGCCGGAGACCUUCGUAUACCCCCUGGGGCACCCCACACAACUCUACAGAUGCGAGCAUGUCCAGGGGGAAGCCAUUGGCGAAAACAGGGGCUGGAUAGAGGGCCUUCCCCACAGGAAACGCUUUACGACUAACGAACACUAGCAGCAGCUCCACGACGCAGAGGUAGCAUCCAGUUACCAGCACAGCCAAAAGGCGAUCAUCCAGAACCCAGUUCCCGUUAUCGUAGCUGCUGCCACGAAGACUGCUCUCGAUUAUCACGCUCACGAGUUUGACAGAAAGCAUUUGUCCGGAAACGCAGAGUAGCCUUAACUUUGCCCACUUGCGGUGCUCACGGGGAACACCGUGACUGAGCAACGCGAAUAGGUUGUUGAACGACCACACGCCCACAAUGGUAGAAGUCACGUACAGAACAUUUGCGGCGGUAACAACCGACGUUACUCCGUCCACAGACGCAUACCCGGAAUAGGCAUCAAUGGUGCCGAGAAUGGGCGUGACGAAACUGAAUUGCCUGACGCCCAUGACCAUGAUACCGAUGUCUUGGUCGGUCACCACACGGGUGCAAGGCUUCCACAUGAAACAACAGCAUAGGGGAACUCCAGCAUAGGGCUUGAUUGGAUCUCGUGGAAGUCGUAGCUUCACGCGGUUCCAGCCACCGGACAAGAUGUAGAGGAGCUCGAUGAGGCGCACCAUGGCGAAGGAAGCCUCGAUGCUGCGCCACAGGGUGCACAAUGGUUCCGCCCUCGGGAGGAACAGCUGAACUAAGGCCGUGGCAGAAAAAAGCCCGGGCAUGACAAGGAGGUGCAGAAGCCUGUCCGCUCGUGGACCGUACGAAGCCCGCACAAACGUGUUGCCUCCAAAGCCGCUUGCUUUCGCCGCCAAAAUGUGCUCAGACACAAGCUUCCAUGUCAGACACACAGUGAUCGCCGUCAGAAUGGCACCGCCACCCCACACGACCACGAGCCAACGGGGUGGAGAGUCAAACAAAAAGUAUGCAGCCAGGGAGGCACAGUUGUCGCCGUCACUCAUAUCCUGCCCGCUCGAGCCACUAACGUCCAAGUCUAGAUUCUUGAGCCAAUGGCU